AUGUCCAUUCAACCGCCUGACAGGGGAGUCUUCACUGCCGAGGAAAUUCAAUGUCUUGAAGAAGCCAACAUCUUCCUGCCUCAGCACCCGGAUUCUCAUGCGCGCGGCAAACGCAAAGUCUCGGCCACGCUGGUGAGUUCGCCGUCAAGCAUCUCCAGCUCGUCCUCCUCCUCGUCCUCCUCGGCGUCGGUUCGAAUGUGGAACUUCCAACCAAGAACCAUCUCUACGGACAUUCCGAUUGAGGAAGAGAGUGCCGCGGUGCUGGAAUACCUUGGGUUUGAGACGUCAACGGCCAGCCAGGUCUUCGAGCGUUACGCUAAUCGACCUGACCCUGAUCAGUGCCCUGAUGAUCUUUUGGACUAUGCUUACGGACAAAUUGCAGUUCUGAGAACUGGCCCUUAUCGUGACACGGACAUCCAAGAAGCGAUGACGCAGGUCGGCCUCACGCAGCAGAUCCAAUCAGCCAUCGCCGACCCAGCGUUCUCCGACAUACUGUGGACCCGGGAUCUGCAUUUCUGGGUCAAAGAUACGAUUCAGACCAACUACGCGACCCUUCGUAGCCGUCAGGAGCUCUUCAAACGCCAUGCCAGGCGCGGCAUCGCCCACAAAAACAAGCGAAGGAAGCGAACCAGUGUACAAGGGCUUUUCCCGCCAGGAGAAGGAUCAGCGCUUGAGGCACCGGAGCCGGGCAUAACAGCCACAAUUAAUAUGACGACGCAAGAUUUUCACCUGCCGUCUGCCCACGUCGCCAUUUUGGAAGGUGAUGCCCCGACUCGGCCCAAUCAUGUCCUCCUGUAUAAAGGUAAGGCGUACUGGGAUCUGCGGGGGUCACAACAACUCAUCCGAGCUGACGGGAGCAUCGAUAUGUCAACUCUCUCAACACCUCCCGGCGGUGACUUCAAUUCGUCUUUCAACGCCCACUACUGGACCCCUGAGAAAGACACGGCAGAGCGAUACCGAGAGUGGGCUGCUCGUCGAUGUCCCGGCAGUGACACAUGCAUAAUCCAAAUCCAAGUCUCCAACGCGUUCGUUGAACGUCUACUCUCCGCAGAGAUAUGGUUUUCAGCAGACUGGAAGGAGUUCGUGUGGACAUGCAAGCAGGAGCUGGACCCACCUCCAAAGUUUGACUAUCUUCGCGACGUGGAUCUCAUCAGGGGCCAUAUCUGCACUGGGAUGAGCCGCAUGAUCGCUCGAAUUGCGCCAGCAGACGUCCAGGGGCGCAUAACAAGAGACCAACUGAUGAACUGCCCCUCCACUCGCCGCCCAGACAUCCAGUGGAUGUUCUGGAAGCUUGAGACGCUAAAUCGCUUGCGAGACGAGAUUCGUGGAAAAAUGCACCUUGAAGUUUUUGCGGCGGCUAGUUGA